AUGAAUCCAGUUACCGAUGCUGAAACUGUGAUGGAACCUUCUACGUCCACUAAUGUAGCCAGUGAUGAGCAGCAUACAUUCGUGGUUGAAAAUCUUGAAGGACGAAUUCGUGAUAGCUCGAAAUUCACAAGAAUUUCAUCUAUUGACAGUAAAAUUCCUAAUCAUAGUAUGAAUGAUAAUUUGGCUCCUGAUCCAAAUGUUUUAGCUAACCUUGAAGAUUACGCGAGAGCAAUAUCGACAGAUAUCAAUAAUUUGCUAUCUGAAUUACGGAAUUCCUUAAGUGGAAUGACUGACGCAACAGUUAAAGCAGUUGAAUGCUUUACAGACUCAAUUUCAACUUCUUGCGAUACAGUAGAUACAACUAUCAAGUCUACAUAUGCUUUAUUAGCAAAAGUUGAGGAAUUCAAUAAAUCAAUGGCUGCAAUACGGGAACUGUCACAAAAAAUUAAAAGUAUCAAACAUGCUGUCGAUUUGUUUGAAACACAACUAGUGACUGGUUCUUUGAAGUAA